CGGUGAGAGGACGAUGGCUCUCCUUGCGUAGCGCUGAGGCGCCUGGCGACGCUGCGGCGGUGCAGCCUUCGUAGCCGCGAGCGCUGCUCGAGACGCUGCCGCAGUGCAGCCAGUGUAAGCAACACUAGACCAUGAUGCGCACGCCGGCGCGGCGGCUCGUGCCGGGUUUGCGCACGGGCGUCGCCGAGCGCGCCCGCGCCCUCGGCCAGCUAUCAAUAAAUGAUCGCCUGGAGCGGCGGUCCGUCGACGCCGCGCCGCAGCCCAUCGAUGCGGCGACGGCAUCGCGCGCGAAGCCCUGGCCGCGCGUCUCGCCGCCGCCGGCGCCCGCGGCGCCGGACGACGCGCCGCCGUCGCGGCUCGCCGCGGACUUUGACGCGGUCGGAGCGCUCGGCCGCGGCGGCUUCGGCCGCGUCAUCGCGGCGCGCCACCGCCUGGACGGCGCGACCUACGCGCUGAAGCUGCAGCACGCCGCGGAGACCCGCGGCGAGGCGCGCGCGAUGGCCGCCAUCGGGGCGCACGGCAACGUCGUCAGCUACGUCACCGCGUGGUUCGAGACCGGCGUUGCCGCGCGGCGCUUCGCGGCGGCCGCGCGGGCCGACGACAGCGAGUCCGAGUCCGACGACGAGUACGAGGACGAGACCGUCGGCGUCCUCCAGCUCGGGCUCUGCGCCGGCGGCGACCUCCGGAGCUGGCUCGACGGCUCGACGCGCGACGCGAGCCCGGCGGGCCUCGUCGCCGCCGCGAAGACCGUCGGCGGCGACGUCGCCGCGGCGCUCGCGCACGUCCACGCCCGGGGCUGGGCGCACCUCGACGUCGCGCCGCGCAACGUCUUCUCCGACGGCCGCGGGACGUGGCGCCUCGGCGACUUCGGCCUCGCGGCGCGCCACGACCGCGCGCCGGCCGCCGCGAGCCUCGACGGCGCGCCCGAGCGGCGCCUGCCCCCCGGCGUGGCCCCGCGCGACGCGCGGCCGUCGGACGUCUGGGGCCUCGGCGUCGUGCUCUUCGAGCUGCUCCGCGUCUUCCCCACGACGAUGGAGCGCGCCCUCGCGCUCGAGCACCUCCGGGGCGGCCGGCCCUGCGAGGGGCCGCUGGCGCGGCUCGUCGACGCGCUCGUCGCGCGGGACCCGGACGCGCGGCCCGCGGCGGCCGCCUGCGCCGCCGCGCUCCGCGGCGCGUAGGCACGGCGCAUGCUCUGUUUACUUGAAGCAUGGCCACGG